AAAAGAGGAGGCGUCGGAAGAACCGCACGGAAAAGAAAAGGAGAAUGGAUAAGUUGAUGUUGCUCCUGGGGCUGCUUGGCAGCCUCCAGGGCAUCUGGUGUGGGGACCCGAGUUUAACACAACAUCGAAAACUGAGGUGUACUUCAUGGAUGGAUUCCCCGGACCUUACUUUCCUGCCCCCGUACCACACGUGCUGCAUAACGCCACCCUGCAGACGCAACUCCACCUGUGGAAGGCCGCCGCUGCUUUCGGAGAGGUCAUCCACAUGACGGACAAUUCCGCCCCUUUAGCGGAUAAUGCCACGAUCAACCGAGCGUGGUUUGACCGCCUCUUUAAAGAAGGAUACACAUGCACCGAACACCUUCACAAGGGACACUGCAACAACUUCACAAUUCAUACACAAACUGUCCGAAAUAUGGACAUGUUCCUCCUCUGUGAGAAUGCCACCAUAACUAACACCUCCCUUGGGCUUAACGUGACUUGCCCAAAUGGGGGGAAGCUCACCAACACACUCAUGUCCAUCAACAUAACUAAUGAGACCCGGGUGUUCGUGCUCACGACACCCCCUCUGACCUUCUUGCCGGUAGGAACGGACAAGCCUUUUGCCGACUCGGAUUUCUUUCGGGCUGUCCUGAACCGGGGUAAGAGGGGCUUUGAAGUGACUGCUGUGGACUUCAUUGGGCUAGUGGCCAGUCUGAUAGAACAAGUGGAGAUUAGCACCCUCUACAAGCGAGUAGGUCUAGUCGAAGAUAAUCUUAGGGAUUUUAUGCAGCUCACAACCAAGGCCUGGAUUGCCCAACAAGACAUUAAUAAAUUGGUGACCAUAGAAUUGUCGGCCCUUACAUCGGCCGUGCAAGCCUUAGCCACCCUCAUACAGGUUAACUCCGUGCUAGAGGGCCUCCCUUGCCAUCGUGUACUACCCAGGCCAAUGUGCAUGACGGCCGCCGUGCACAACGCAUCCAGGGAGCUGGAUGAGGCAAUCCGGACCUUGAAUGAGCAUAGCAAUAUGUCUGACUAUCUCAGACGCCUAGAAGAUAUAGUACUACAGAUAAAGAAUGAGACAGACCAAUAUAAGCAGCAGAUACAAAAGGACCAUGGCAUUCUCCCCGAGUGGUUUAACCAGCUUGAAUUGUCUAAUUGGCUUAAUUAUGUACUGAGUAUGGGAAGCAUGGUUUUCUUUCUCUUGGUCAUGUGUAUAUGCCUCCCCUGCUUGCUAUCUUACGUGGUACGGCUUUGGCGUAUGGUCUUAGAGCAAGUAAAAGCGGAUAUAUUCCUGCGUAAACAAAAAGGGGGAGUUGUUAGGGGCGGUCGGCCCUAGACGCCUGAGCGGAUAGGAACCUCCCUGGGAGUGAGAGCCCCCAAUCCCAGAAAGACACGGCUCCCUACACGGGGUACGUGUAAGGAUGGGAUUGGGCGAGACUCUUUGCUCCAUACAGGUGGCAGGUUUCGCCCUCGGGGCGGAUUGGGGUGGCCACCCGGAAGACAGACCCUAUAUAGACCAACGCCCCAGCUUGCUCGGGGGA